AUGGACAAUAAAAAUUUUGACAAUACAAAUCGGCAAUCAUCUCGUACUACAAGUAAUUUUGAUGCAAUUGACUGUAUUGUUAAUACGAAUGAUCUUGCAUUAGAAAAUGAAGUACUCAAUAAAGAGCAUGAACGACAAAGAGGAUCAAGUAGUUCACGACGAGAUCCAACAUCAAAACGUUCAAAUGAAAGUUUAGUUCAUCGAUCAACUCGUCAUUCUCCAUCAUCUGCUACUCGUAAACGUCAUGCAAGUCCCCGGUCUACUUCAGCAGCAUCAGCAUCAUUGACAUCACGUUCUCAUCAUCAUUAUCAGUCUCAAAGAUAUCAUCGAGUUUCAUCUCCGUCACCAUCGCCACCACCAACACAAUCAUCAUCACGACAUCAUCGAUUGGUUGCUUCUGUAAAACGACCACAUUCUAAAUCUCGAUCACCAUAUGACCGACGUCCACCAACAAAUCGUUCUCGUCGUGAAAUAUCAAAAGAACGUACUACUAAUGAUCUACUUAAAUCAAUUUCAUCAACCGAUGAACAAACACCAUCGAAACGAAUAACUCCCAAUCAAGAAACGACUGAUUUAAGUUUUGUAUCCGAAGAUGAAUUAACAAAAUCGCACGAUAUUCGAUCCAAUAGUGUAACAACAAAUGAAUCAUCAUCUGUAACAACAAAUAAUAAACUUCAUUCAACUCCAUCUGUUCCUGUUCUUGAACCAACUUCGAAUGAAAGUCUUCUAGAAAUGAGUAAUAUUCCUCAAGAAUGUGAACUUUCUCUUUUUGCUAAAUCAGUUCUUUCAAAUACGAAUACAAAUUCAAUUUUAACAACGUCCACUCAUCCUACAAAUGAUUUCGUACAAACAAUUGAUCUUAUUAGUAAAUAUAAAAUGAUGCAAGCCAUGCCAUAUAAUAAUCCACAAAUUGAAGCUUGUUCAAAAGAAAUUUUAACGCUUAUACAAAAACAAAUUGAAAUACAAAAAAUUGAACUUAAUUAUCGUGAAAGAGAAAUAAAAUUACGUGAACGUGAACUUGCUGAACGUGAAAAACGUUUUAAUGAAAGAUCAAAUGAUACAACGAGUAUGACUUCAGUUAAUAGUGAACCUCUUGUAGUAAUUAAAUCAACAAUUAUUGAAGAAAAACCUCAACAAAAAACAGAAAUAAUUACUGAUCAAGUUAUGAAAGACGUAUCGGAAGACGAAUCUGUUGUAAAAUCGAUUCCAUCAACUGUUGAUACAUCAAAAGUAGAUUUAUCGAAUAAAAAUGGUUCUGAUCAACCAUCUUUAAUUCGUAAGAAAAGUGGAAAAUCUCGUUUUUCACCGACUAUUGUUAAUCCAUCAAUAUUGACUUCACAAGAAACUCCAAUAAUUGAUCUUUAUUCAGAUGAACAUGACAAUAACCAAUUAUCUUUAUCUAUAAAUACAAAUAAUUCUUUAAAAAAAACAGCUAUUUCAAAAAUUUUAGCACCUAAUGAAUCUAUCAAAUCAAUUAUGGAUACUGAUUUAAAAGUAACUUCUUCCAAUUCAUGUCGUAAAGUUGAAUUCCAGAGUGGAUCUAUUGAUAAAACAUCGACAAGUAAAGGAUCUUCACAUGAUUUACGUCUAACAUUGGGUAGAAAACGAACUGAACACAACAAGAAUCAUAAUGAUAAUGAUACAAACGGAAAUCAAUUAAACAAUGAUGAUGAAUCAUCGAUAAGCAACAACAAAACAAUGUCAACAAAAAUCAAUUCAAACAAAGAAGACAAACAGCAAAGUCUUGAUUAUCAACAACAAAGAAGUGUCACAUCGACAUCGAUUGAGACAAUCAUCGACGAUGCCAAUGAUAAACGAGAUAAUCGACGCCAUCAACAACAACGAAUCAACAGCGGUCGACAACAACAAAAUUCUUCAUCGUCGACAAGCAACUCAAAAGAAAGAUCUUAUACUUAUGAAUCAACAUCGCAAUCAACAUCAAAAUAUGGAUCAAAUCAAAAGAUUAUGUCGGUAUCCGACGAAGAAUUUCAACGUUUUCAAAAUCAAUUGGUUGAAAUUAAAACGCGAAACUAUCAAUUGGAAGAACAAAAUAAAAGAUUAACAACAGAAAAUGUGCAAUUAAAAACGCAAAUUGAAAAUUUUGACAAAGAUAGUAUUAAUUUUCGAUUACCAACUAAAUUACCAUGGAAAAUUCGUCGUGUGGCUGGACGAGAUAUUGAUGAAGUUCAACGUGAAAAUGAUGCACUUACACGUAAAUAA